AUGCGAACGCGCGCGGCGGCGACGGCGACGGCGACGGACGUGGGGCGGCGCGGCGGCGGCGCGGCGACGCGCGCGCUGCCGUUGCUGUUGCUCGCGGCGGCGUCGCUCGCGGCGGCGUCGCGCGUCGCGAGCGCGUCGCCGUCGCCGCCGUCGUCGCCGCCGCCGCCGCCGCACGCGCUCGACCGCGCGCCGUCGACCGCGUGGACGCGCGCGCGCAUCGAUCGCGGGCUCGCGCCGCUCUUCUCGCCGUCGCCGCCGCCGCCUCCGCCCCCGGCGCCGCGCGAGCCGCCGGCGCCGUCGCCGCCGCCGCACGCGCUGGACGCGCCGCGAGGGGCGCGGUUCGACGCGCUCGAGCGCAUACGGCUCGGGCUCGAUCCGCUGUUCGCGCCGUCGCCACCGCCGCCGCCGCCGCCGCCGCCGCGUCGGCCGCCGCACGCGCCGCCGCCGCGUCCGAGCGCGCCGGAGCGCCCGGCGACGCCGCCGGCGCCGAGGGCGGAGGCGCGGCCGCCGCCGUCGGAGGCGACGGAAACGCCGGUGGAGCUUCCGAGUUCGCCGCCGCCGCCGCCGCAGCAGCAGCAGCCGCCGCCUGUCGCGCCGCCGCAGCCUCGAACGGACGACACGCCGUCGGCGCCGCCGCCGCCGCGGAAGUCUUCGUCGCCUUCGUUCCCAGACGCCCCCGGCGCGCCCGGCGCGCCUCCCACGCCGCGGCAGCCGGACGCGCCGAGCGUGGAUAUGGCGCGCGCGCAGACGGAAGCCUCGCCGCCGCCGCCGCCGCCGCCGCCGCCGCCGCCGCACGCGUUGGAACGAGCGCCGGGGAGCGUGGACGCGCGCGAUCGCAUCUACGCCGGUCUCGCAGCGUUCCUGACGCCGUCGCCGCCACCGCCGAUGCCCGCGGAGCCGACGACGGCGCCGGCGGGAUCGCCCGCGACGCCGCCGCCGCCGCAGCCGCAGCCGUCGGCGCCGGAUUCGCCUCCCGCGCCGCCGCCGCCGCAGCCGCAGCCGCAGCCGCCGCAGCCGCAGCCGCCGCAGCCGCCAGCGCCGGCGUCGGCCGAGACGACGCCUUCGCCCGGCGCGCCUCGUGUGCCGAGCGUGCCGCCGGAACCAGUCGUCGCGCCGUCGUCGCCGGAGACGCCGCCGGCGGGAUCGCCCGCGACGCCGCCGCUCCCUCGGCCACCGAGACCGCCGGGCGCUCCCGCUUCGCCGGUGUGGGCAUCGACGCCAGACGUCCCGCCGCGGCCGGUGGCGACGCCGCCGCCGCUGAACACGCCGCCGGCUGUGCCGCCGGUGCCGGCUGUGCCGUCGUCGCCCGCGCAGCCUCGAGCGCCGAUCGUCGAGGUUCCGGAGGCGGUGUUAAAAUCGCCGACGCCGCCGCCGCCGCCGCCCGCGCCGCCUCCGGCUCCUCCGCGCUCGCCGUGGCGACCUCCUCCACCUGGAACGCCCGGAGUGCCGCCGCCGCCGCACGCGCUGGAUCGGCCGCCGGCGACGACGAGCGCCGCCGCGCGCAUCUUGGAUGGGUUGGGUUCGUAUUUCAUUCGGUCGCCGCCGCCGCCAAUGCCGCAGCCGCCGCCGCCGCCGCCGAACGCUCCGCCGACGCCCGGACAGCCCGCCAGGACUGGGCCUGGCGCACCGCCGCCGCCGUCUCCGUCGCCGCCGCCGAUCGCGUUCCCCUUACCGGUGGAAUAUACUCCGCCGGACGGGUCGCCGCGGUCGCCGGACGCGCCGAGCGAACCUCCGGCGUCGCCGCCGCGAGCGUCGCCGCCGCCACCGCAGCAGCAGCAGCAGCAGUCUUUCCCGCCGCAGCCGCCUGGAACACCUCUGCGACCUUCUCCUCUUGCGCCGGAUACCGCGGGCGCGGCCGAUCUUCGACCUCCUCCUUCUCCGGCGGCACCGCCGCCGCGACGUGAAGAACCUCCGCCUCCGCCGCCGCACGGGCUGGACGGCGCGCCGGUGGCGGAAGACGCGACGGACUCGGCGAACGCGUUGUCAGGGUGGUGGGCGUCUCUGUUCGCGCGCCCGCCGCCGCCGCCGCCGCCUCGUGCGCUGGAGUCGCCUCGUGCGCCGGAGUCGCCUCCCGUGCCGUCGUCUCCGGCGCCGGAUGCGACGAGUAUCAUCCCUGCGCCGAGCGCGGCGCCUCAGGUGCCGACUCUGCCGCCGGGACCGGAUCUCCCGCCGGAGCCGGGCGCGCCGGAGUCGCCCGCGGCGCCGGCGGCGCCGCCGCCCCCGGGCGCGCGGCCGCCGCUCGGACCGCCGGGCGUUCCCGAUGCGCCGGCCGCUCAGCCGCCGCCGCGGGGGUUCGCGGCGCCAGAUGGUCCAUCGCCGCGGCCGGUCGCGAUGAUCACGUCGCCGAGCGCACCGCCGACGCCGGCUGUGCCGCCGACGCCGGCUGUGCCGCCACGUCCGGCGCCGCGACCCGUCGAGCCGCGGGAUACCGCGGCGGAUGAUCGAUCUCCUCCCUUUCCGGCGCUUCAACCGGAACCGCGCCCGCCGCCGCCGCCGCCGCCGCCGCCGCCGCCUCACGGGUUGGACGGCUCGCCCGCGGCAGCGAACGCGACGGAAGGCAUAUCGGGAUGGUGGGCGUCGAUGUUCGCGCGACCGCCGCCGCCGAACGCGCCGACCGCGCCGACCGCGCCGCCGCCGGAUUCGCCAGAGUCGCCGGGGUCUCCUCCCGCGCCGACCACGCCGUCGCCGCCGCCGGUGCCGGUCUCGUCGACCUCGGAACGCGGCGUCCCGCCGUCUCCGGCGAGCGUCGCGGCGAUGCCGUCGCCGGGCGCGCCGUCGACGCCCGAAGCGCCGGCGACGCCGCCGGUCGCGUCGCGCGCGCCGCCGACCGCUCCGGGCGCGCCGCGGACGCCGUCUCCCGCGCAACCUCCGCGCCCUGAGACGCCUCCGACGCCAGAUGCGCCGGCGUCGCCGCCGUACGAUGAACACGAAGAAGAAGAAGAAGAAGCAACAUCAGCGCCGCCGCCGCCGCCGUCUGAAGAAGCGUCGGCGCAGGGGGAGACGACGUCGCCGCCGACCCCGAAUCCGCCGCCGCCGCCGCCGCCGCCGGUGAGUUACCUCGUGCCCGGCGCGUCGCCGCAGUGCGUCGAACUCGACGCCCUGCACGCGUCGUUGGACUGCGAAAAAAUGAUUCGGAGCCGCAUCUGCGCGGCGCUCAUGAGCCGGUUGCUCAUGGAGGCGUGCUACGACGCGAUGAAAGUGAAGCUGACGCCCGCGGCGACGGAGCUGGCGCGGGAGUUGGGGCUGCUCGGAGAAAGAAAUCCGCCGCCGGGGCCUCCAGGGCCGCCGCCGCCGCCGGGGACGAGCGCGCCGAAUUCUAUUACGAUCUCGCCGCCGCCGCCGCUUUCGCCGCCGCGUGCGCCGCGAUCACCUCCGCCGGACGCGCCGGCGAUGCCGCCUCCGGCGCCCGAUCGGCCGGGGCUUCCGCCGCGACCAGGCGCGCCGGCGGCUCCGGCGACGCCGGGGACGCCGCCGUCGCCUGUGGUCGUCGAGGAGAAGUCGCCGCCGCCGCGGGCGCCGAGCGAGCCGGAACGGUCGCCGCCGCGGGCGCCGAGCGAGCCGGGAAGGCCGCCGCCGACGGCGCCUUCGCCUCCUCCCCCGGGGCAGCCGCCGCGGCCAGCGCCGCCGCCGCCGUCGCCGCCGCCGCCUCCUCCUCCUCCUCCACCUCCACCUCCUCUACCUCCUCCUCCUUCUCCUCCCCCUCCUCCUCCAUCGCCUCCCCCGCCUUCACCGCCGCCGCCGCCGCCGUGGUGGAUGCUCGAGUGGGCGGCGCUGAACCCGCCGGGGCCGCCGGUGGUGUUCGACCCGAUUCGAAACCCGAACUGGCCGGACUUCGAAUUCGUGGACGGGGAGGAAUCGCCGCCGCCGCCGCCGCCGCCGGUGCGACCGGUGCCGGCGUCGGGGUCGUCGAACGCGCCGCCGCCGCCGCCACCGCGCGACUCGGACGCGCCGCGCGCGCCGAACGCUCCCGGGAUCAUCUUGCUGGACGAAGACGACGACCUCGAGCGGCCGUUCGCGUCGCCGCCGCCGCCGGCGCCGCCGUGGUACGUCUCCGCCUGGGCCGCGCUGACGCCGUCGCCGCCGUCGCCGCCGUCGCCGCCGCCGUCGCCUCCCUCGCCGCCGCCGCCGCCGUCGCCGCCUCCGUCGCCGCCUCCAGCGCCACCGCCGAUGCCGUGGUACCUCGUCCGCGCGCAGGGGAUCGACGAAGCGCAGGCGCUCGCGCUCGCCGCCGCGUUCGGGUCGCUGACCGGGGUGAACGCGACCGCGGCGAACGUCACGACGGCGAUGGCGGAGGAGGCGACGCUGACGCUCAUCGACGCGGUCGAGAACGGCGACGAUGCGACGCUCGCGGACGUCGCCGCCGCGGUCGCGCGGGCGAACGCGGAGGCGGAGGCGGCGGCGGCCGCCGCCGCGGGGGCGAAGAACGUGGACGCGAUCGGGACGGUGGUCGUAAAAUUCGAAUCGCCGCCGGCGCCCGAUCCGCUGCGGGUUUCGCCGUACUACGCCGGCGACGCGUCCGUCGACUCGUCCGCGGCGCCCGGGACGCUGUACUACGAGAAGACCGCGAUCGAGGCGUCGAACGCGGUGGACGCGAUCGAUCGCAGGGUGAACAACGACGCGGUCGUCUCCGGGGCCGCGGGGGCGAUCGGCGCGGCGGCGGCGUCGAGCUCGUUUUUGUACUCGCUGUUCCGAGACCCGAGCGUGGGGCCGUACUUGUUGCAGACGUGGGGGUAUUUGAACGGGCUGCUGAGCCCCGCGGGCGGGGGGAGGCCGUGA